GAGAAUUUUGCCAGAUGAUCUGCAUGCUUUUGUUGUGAUUUUGCGAGUGAGAUUUUAUUUUUUAAUCAAAUCUCAAUAUAUUAGGCUCAUAUUGAAGAUAAGAUUUCAAAAGUUUUCAAAAUUGACCCUUGACCUGCAAGUGGAAACAGCUGUCAGUGAAGUUACUUCAGAAAGUUGUGAUUUUUAGGUCAAAUAAUUUGAGUCUGUUCGACAAACAUGAUUGGAAUAUUUUUAUCUUGACUUUGUACUUGAUUCUAAUUUGGACAAAUGUCGACGGCCAGAAGAAUAUCGGUGUUAAGCCGAAUAUUGAAUGGCCACAAACUGUCAAUUCAUAAAACUGUGUCCAACUCUGAUGGUGCCGUAAUAACCCGACAAUAUUCGUCAAAAGGUGGAAAAAUUACAAUAGGGGAUGUUUCUAAAGAACUGAAGGUGCCAAAGCAGCCAGCCUAUGUGCCAUGCAAUUACAUCGGUGAUAAAGGAUUAAGCCAAGAGACCCUUGCCCACUUGAGAUGGAUGCUCCAGAAGGACGUCCUCCACCAAGACAUCUUUCUGAUUGGCCGUCCUGGGCCUCUGAGGCGCACCAUCGCCAUGCAGUUCCUCGAGUUGACCAACCGAGAACUCGAGUACGUGUCUUUGUCCAGAGACACUACUGAGUCUGACUUGAAGCAGCGGCGGGAAAUCUCCAAGGGCACUGCCACCUACCUCGACCAAAGUGCCGUCCGCGCUGCCAUCGAGGGCCGAGUCCUCAUACUCGAGGGCAUUGAAAAGGUCGAGAGAAAUGUCUUGCCGGUGUUAAACAAUUUGCUCGAAAACAGAGAAAUGCAGCUUGAAGAUGGCAGGUUUCUCAUGGCAGCAAAAAGAUACGACAAACUAUUGGAGGAACACUCUAAAGAGGAGCUGGAUGGAUGGAAACUUGUUAGAGUAGAUGAAGACUUCAGAGUCAUUGCUCUAGGUCUUCCUGUUCCUAGAUAUACCGGGAAUCCACUGGACCCACCCCUGAGGUCCAGGUUCCAAGCUAGGGAUGUCCACAAUCUAUCAUUUCAGGCCCAAGUUUCCGCCCUGCAAGAGUCGCACCCAUCUGCUGACCCUUCAAAACUUUCCCAGCUCGUCUCUUGCGCACAUGCAUUGCUCUCGCCCGAGUCCGAGGCACUUUCUUUACCUGAUUUUCCCACUGACAGUCUUCAAGCAGCUGCAAAAUUGCUGGAACUGUUUCCUAACAUGUCGGUGCACGAAGCUUUCCUCAGACUGUACCCGUAUCAAAGUUUCCUCGCAAAGGAGGGAAGGUCCAGUGUCGAUGAGGUGCUCAAUAGUUUCCGCAUCAAGCCAAUUGAUGCCACUACCUCAAUUAAUGAAAUUAAUCCAGUUAGUCAAAACUUGCUGAGUGUUUCACUUUCCUCCGGUGGAGCACAAAGCAGGGUUGAGGUUGUCAAAGGUCAAAGUUUGCCUCGAUCCAACAGUCCCGGCUUCAUCGAAACUCCGUACCAGUCCUCAUUGAUUGCCACUCUUCUGCAGUCUCACUGCGCACAAGACCUUUGUCUAAUCGGCCCCAAGGGAUGUGGCAAGAGCGUAACCGUGCAGAGGUUAGCUGACCUGCUCGCCUACGAGACUGAACCCAUCAUACUUUACCAAGAUAUGACCUCAAGGGACCUUCUGCAGCAAAGAACCACUUUGGCCAACGGAGAUACUGUUUGGAGGAACUCUCCUUUAGUUACUGCUGCCGUCGAGGGCAAAAUGGCCCUGCUGGACGGGAUUCACAGAAUUCACGCUAGCACCUUAGCUGUGAUUCAGAGGCUGGUGCAUGAUCGAGAGUUGCAACUUUAUGAUGGAAAAAGACUUGUUCGUCAUGACCGAUAUGAGAAAAUAAAGGAAAAUAAUAAGAUGACUGACGAGGAACUUGCCAACGCAGGAGUUCUUCCAAUUCACCCUUCAUUUAGGAUAGUCGGCCUUGCUGAACCUCCUGUCAUUGGGGGUUCUCAAGGACAGUGGUUGUCACCAGAAAUGCUCAGCUUAUUCCUUUACCACCAGAUGCGACCGCUGAGCAUGCAGGAAGAGCUUCAUGUGAUAGGCAACUUGUAUGGUGGGAUUGACGGCCCAUUACACAAAGUGGUUGAAGUGGCGCAUCACUUGCGCAACUCGGCAGAUCAGACCAUUCAGUCAUUAGCAGGGUCCUUUUCAACGAGGCAAUUACUCAGAAUUGCCCGACGAAUGAAGUCUUUUCCUGAUGAAAAUGUUUAUGACGCAAUACAACGAGCUUGCCUUGCUAGAUUUUUGCCGAGCAUGGCUCGCCAAGCGCUGGACAGUGCUCUUUCGGAAGUUGGAGUCCAACCUGUGCCACACAGUGAAGCUGCAGGGCUUACUUGUGAGAUAAAUGAAGAGCAAGUUACUAUUGGGAACACAGUAAUAAACCGAUUCAAAACUACUUCAAAAUCGAAAGUCCCGGACGUCUUGUUCUUUGAUGUUCCCCAGCACUUGGCGGUUUUGGAAUGGCUCAUGCAAGAUUUUGAGUUGGGCGAGCAUUUGCUGCUUGUUGGCAAUCAAGGUGUUGGCAAAAACAAACUGGCUGACCGUCUACUGUACCUGCUUAAUAGACCAAGGGAAUACAUUCAACUGCACAGGGACACAACUGUGCAAACUCUGACUCUCCAGCCGACUGUGCGGGACGGAGUCGUCAUUUACGAAGACUCACCUUUGGUCCAAGCUUGCAAAUGGGGUCACGUUUUGGUUGUUGAUGAGGCAGACAAGGCGCCCACUCACGUCACCUGCAUUUUGAAAACUCUAGUUGAAUCUGGAGAAAUGAUUUUAUCGGAUGGCCGUCGCAUUGUUCCUCACACAGAUAUCAGGGCUCAAAGAAAACUGCCAGGAAUAAUUCCGAUGCAUCCUAACUUCAGAAUGAUCAUUCUUGCGAACAGACCUGGCUUUCCUUUCCUCGGAAAUGACUUCUUUGGAGCUUUAGGUGACCUGUUCAGUUGUCACGCCGUUGAUAAUCCAAGCCAAGCCUCUGAAAUUGCCCUGCUUAAGAACUAUGGACCAGAUGUGCCUGAGGAAAUUAUCCUUAAGCUAGUCAGAGCUUUCUCUGAACUUCGUACAAUGGCCGACCAAGGCCUUGUCCAAUAUCCAUAUUCAACCAGAGAAGUAGUCAACAUUGUCAAGCAUUUGCAGCAAUUCCGUGAUGAGGGCAUAGCCAGCGUUGUUAGGAACGUUUUUGAUUUUGACUCGUACAGCCAAGAGGCAAAAGAAAUGUUGGUGACCACAUUACACAAGCACGGAAUUCCCAUCGGGACAAAGCCAACCAGUGUCAGCUUAGGAAAAGAAUACCCCUUGCCCCGAGUAAAACUAAGCGGCCAGUGGAAGUCUUAUGAAAAUGAGCCACAGACAUUGGAAAUCUCUGAAAGGAAUAUUAAGUUGAAAGGAGCUGUAAAACUUCCCAAGAGCUCUCAUCUGCUGGACAGAAUUGAGGCUCGCUCAAGUAGUUUUAGUGAGCAACAAUUUUAUUGGUCACUGCCGUUAGUCGAACCUAAUGUAGUAGCCGAUGCAAUCGUUAAAAUGGAAACAGACAAAAUCAACACUGGGAAUGACAUUCUGCAUGUUUUAAUCGCAAACCCAUCAAUUCUUUUCUCGAUGAAGUACAACGAUGAAUACAUAGAGAAGCUAGAAUUGAGAAACUUGAUUGAAUCCACAAGGGGUAUUUAUCCAACAAUGAGCUUAGCCUCCUUAGGCGGAAAGUUGGACGGAUGUUUGCUUAUAUUUGACGAAACGACCAGCAAACUAGCCAUUGUUUGCCCAGACACAACAGAAGGAAGCCAAGUUUUGCUCAGGACGAGCAUCACUGAUAAAGCUGGACAAAUUUCUCUAUCCUUCCUCGGAAAGACUGCUGUUCAGUGGCGCAUGAAGGGUGAUUUUGCACAUGAAAACUGGGCCGUUUUGUAUGAGAGUGGAGGAAACAACGUUGAAGUUUUAAAUGUUGAAAACAUGAAUGUGUUUGCAUUUGAAGUGCCUUUUGAGAUUCAGGACCUCCACCUUGUUUCAAAAGAUAAGUGGCUGGCAGAAGACACCAGAAGAAAUAAAUACUUGUUGGAAAAGCUGAACCCCCAGGACGAGUACCCACGCUCAAUUCGCAAGAUUAGCGACAAUUCGCAGACCUUGCUUGGCCCCAUUAGUGGCUCAGCGAACGUUGAAUUAUCCCCCUUUGUGUUGAACAAAGCUUUGGGCCAGUCAAUUACAGCACCAAACAGAUUAUUAUCCUCAAGAGACACCCACGCUGCCAUUGCCAUUGGCUUCCCAGAAUUAACCGGCAGCGCUAAUGACAUUUACUCAUGGCCUCGGGUGCAAUCAAACUAUACUCCUCCAAACGCUGCUCGGAGAUCAUCAGGAAAUCAGCCAGAUAAGCCAAUUUUCUUGCCAAAAAGUGGACAGAUUGUUCAAGCUGUUCCCAAAUGGAAGGUGCCAAAAGACAUCCGACCGGCGAUGGGUGUGAAAAAUCCAGGCAGCCCAUCUGCUUUCAUGGAAGUCACUGACCUCCUUUUUGACAAACUGCGCUACAUUCCAGUUCCUGAGCCUCGUACCAUCUCCCCAUACACAGCUUGGCUUCUGGACACGCUGGACGUUCCUGUAAAAGUGGCUGAGACAAGCAAUGAAGGUUUGGUCACUGUUGAUGCAGGUGGUACAGUCAGAUUGUGGGAGACGGGUGUUGCGAAUUUGGAGCGGUCUAUGAGCGAAUGGAAGCGGGUCAUUGGCUCUGAUCCAAGCAACAUUCAGGUCACCAUCGAGCAGCCAAGUGGAAAAGAUGUCUCCAGUCCUAAGUAUGGAAAAAUCGAUCCGACGGGCGAUCCUCACGUUGGAGGCAACACCUGGGCAGGAGGCACUGGUGGCAGAGAUACUGCUGGUCUUGGAGGAAAGGGAGGGCCAUUUAGAUUGGAUGCUGGUCAUCCAGUCUACCAGGUGAGCCAAGAGGAGAAAGACGCAGUGCCCGAGCACAUCAAGAAGGCUGCUCGGGAAAUGGGCCAAAAGGCGUUUCAGGAGAGACUCAGGGAAAUCAGGAUGAGCCAGUACGAUGCCAAUCUCUACGGCCAGUUUUCCGACGCUGUUCACAGACAAGUCAAAUCGCUCAGGGUGAUUCUGAGUAGCUUGCAAGCCAAAGCCAAAGAACGUCAGUGGAUGCGACACCAGACGACAGGCGAACUUGACGAUUCCAAAUUAAUUGAAGGUCUUACUGGUGAGAAAACAAUUUACCGCCGACGGGCUGAAAAAGAGCCAGAGCUUGGAGCUCCACAGCAGAAACCUAAGAGAAUGAAACUUGUUGUUGAUGUGUCUGGAAGUAUGUACAGGUUCAAUAGUUAUGAUGGUCGACUGGACCGAGUUAUGGAGGCGGCAGUGAUGAUGAUGGAGGCCUUUGAAGGACAUGAGAACAAAUUCCAGUACGACAUAAUGGGCCAUUCAGGAGAAAGUUACGACCUGCGGUUUGUGGAUAAGACCACUCCACCUUCCAACAACAAGGAGCGUCUUGAUUUAAUCAAGACAAUGCACGCACACUCCCAAUUCUGCAUGUCAGGUGACCACACAUUGGAAGCCACCAGCUUGGCUAUUCAGUCUUUGGCUAAGGAAGAUUGUGACGAAGCAUUCGUAAUUGUCCUCUCUGACGCCAACCUCGAGCGAUAUGGUAUUGCACCUGAGAGAUUCGGAAGAAUUUUGACGUCUGACCCCAGAGUAAAUGCUUAUGCCAUUUUCAUCGGCUCGCUAGGAAACCAGGCUGAUAGAUUGACUGCCAAACUUCCUUCUGGACGGGCCUUUGUUUGCCUCGAUUUGAAGAAAAUCCCUCAAAUUAUGCAGCAGAUCUUCACCUCAUCUAUCCUAAGUUCAAAGUCAUCGUAAGUAAACUGAACCCCGGGGAAAUUUCUAAAUGUAUAAUUAUUACGUUAUUUGUCAAAUAUAUAUUUUAUUUUCAAAUUGAAAAAUGAGUU